AUAAAACAAGUGGAAGGCAGAAAAUUUGCUCCUCUCUUUCUCCAUCCUCUUGUGUGGAGUCUUAUUUGCAAGGCGUUUUCCGCCUCCUCUUACUCUCUCUACAUCUUCUGCCUUUCUCUCUCAUCGAACCAGGCAAUAUUCUAGUGAAAUGAAAGAGUUCCAGAAGCCCUAAUACGAUGGCCCAUACUGUUUUGCCAUCGAUUACCAUGGCUCUAGCUUCUCCCAUGUCUAUAGACUCUUCUACCUCGCCUUCUCGUCUUCCAUGCCCUAGAAUUCGGUUUUGUCCCAUAAAGGGGCCCUCAUCUGUGAAAUUCAGUAAGAGGAGAUGGCGUUGCAAGGUUUCUAGGGUUUGUAUAAGGGCGAGCUUGGGUGUGGUAGAGCGAGAAGGCUUUAUAGAGAGAGAAGAUUGCGGGAGAGAGUACCUGGAACGCUGCUUCAAUGCUUCUGGUGCCACGAGUGGUGCUGUUCGUUCCUUUUCUCCUUCUAUGAAGAAAGAGUAUGGAGCAUUUGGGACAGUCACUUUAGAGAAGAGUAAGCUCGAUAUGUCGCAGAAGACCACAAGGUCGAGCCCUCAGACAGCAGAUGGUGGAGGGGGUGGAGACAUUGGAAAGAAAAACAAUCAUGGUGGGGGCGAUGGAGGUGAUGAUGGUGGAGAUGAUGACGACUACUUUGGUGAUUUUGAAGAAGGUGAUGAAGGUGAUGAAGGUGGCCUGUUUAGGAGGCGUGCUGUCCUUCCAGAGCUUUUCGAUAGAAAAUUCGUGGAUGCAGUCUUGCAGGAAUGGUACAAAACCAUGAUGGAUUUGCCUGCUGGGCUUCGCCAAGCUUAUGAAAUGGGCUUGGUGAGUUCAGCCCAGGUGGUAAGGUACCUGGUUAUAAAUGCCAGGCCAACAACAGCAAGAUAUAUUUCGAGAGCUCUUCCUCAAGGGCUAUCAAGGGCUUUCAUUGGCAGGAUGAUUGCAGAUCCAGCUUUCCUACAUAAAUUGCUCCUAGAGCAGGUUGCUUCUAUUGGUUGUACCACUUGGUGGGAGAUAAAAAAUCGGGGGGAAAGAAUAAAGCAAGAAUGGGAUCUCGCACUUGUUAAUGUGUUGACUGUUUCAGCCUGCAAUGCUCUCGUUGUUUGGUCUCUUGCUCCCUGUCGCUCAUAUGGGAAUACAUUUCGUUUUGAUUUGCAAAAUACCCUGCAGAAGCUUCCCAACAAUGUCUUUGAGAAGAGCUAUCCCCUUAGAGAGUUUGACCUACAGAAAAGAGUCCAUUCUUUUUUCUAUAAGGCUGCAGAACUAUGUAUGGUUGGAUUAACUGCUGGUGCAGCCCAGGGUGGUUUAACAAAAUUUUUGGCUUCAAGAAAGGAGGGGAGGAUGUCAGUAACCAUUCCACCUGUGAGUACCAAUGCUCUGGGUUAUGGGGCUUUCCUAGGGUUUUAUGCAAAUCUUCGAUAUCAAUUGUUAUGUGGAGCUGAGAGAGCAAUGCAUAAUCAUUUCGAGGUCCUUGGAGUGGCAUUAUUUUUCAGUACUGUACUAAGGGUUCUUAAUGUUGAGAUUGGGGAAACAUCGAGGCUUGCUUGGCUAGGGGUGGAGGCAGACCCAAUGGCUGAGUCAGAGAACCUUCUGAAGGCCUAUAACCGUCGAUCUGAGCCAUUGCAAGAUGGUGGUUCAAACUGGUUCAUCUCCAAGAAAGCUAUCAUUUCUGGUCUCGGCUUUCUUGGUAUGAAGCAGGGCAAUUUGGAGGAUUCUACACAGGAAGCACCACCCCCGAAAGCUCGCAGGAAGAGGACAUUGAGAAGAAAAGCUACUGCAAAAUCGUCAUAGUGUCUCUCUCUCAUCUGCUCUUUUCUAAACAGUUUUGAGCCAUUUGAGGUAAUGAAGGAGUUGCUUAAAAUAAAUGCUGUGGUUUGUUUUUUUUCCUUUUUCCAAGGGCUUUUAACCACGUGACUGGCUCUUCAUCAUUGUAUUUCUAAGAAAAAUAUAUAGCUCAGUCGUAGAGGUGCCAUUCUAUUAAUUGGCUUCUUUUUCAGUUGGAGAAUUUGUAAUUUCUCUUCCUAUGUUGUCUUUCUUUAGGAGAAUUUGAUUCAUGAGAGUUGUGUCCAAGGAGAUCGAAAGCCGGAUGCUUAAUAGUUAUUCGGGAAA